GGGGAAUGAUCUGUUACCUAAUUUUGUCCGUGCAGAUUGUAUUUCUCAUGAGUCUUUAUAUGAUUCCAGCUGCUCUGAAGCAUGGAGCAUGGCCACAAUGUGUGCGUCUUGUGUCUAGCCAUUAAUCUGGAUGAGAAGCACCUAGAUCUCCAUGAGUAUUAUCUAUGUCAUGAGAAGGGCCAACAGGAGCAAAUCUUCUCCUGAAAGGAUCAUCUUCGCCAGUACCUACGACUAGUUCACAAUGUCAGAUUUUCUCCAUGGAUGGAGAGCUGGAAUCCUAGCAUCAGUGAGAUACGAUCAGUAUGUGGUUUUUGUGACAUUAAGCUCAAUACCUGGACAGAGUGUGUAGAACACCUUGCGACAUAUUUUAAGGCUGGAAUGGAUAUGCGCCAGUGGCAAGGAGAUUGGGGAUUUGAGACGGCCGUGCAAGGCCUGGUGGAAAAUGCUAUGCCACCAUAUUUAAUCGGCCAGGAGCGGUUAACAACAAACCCAUAUAGUGCCAAGUCCGCCAAGGCGCUGGAGACAAGCUCUGAGGCCGAUAGCCCCGCUGUUGCAGGGACGGACCUUGUCAAGGACGUCAAUCACUGGCGUAUCCUGGAACGUGAACUUACAGAUUAUAUCAAAAGUCAACUUCGGAUUGGUGUUAUCCCUCCCGACUCCACUUUACAAGAUCUUGCUCGCAUGAUUGUCUAUUGUUGUGACGAUCCGUGGAAUCAAACAUGUGCGGAUAAUUCUGUAUGGCUGGGAAACUUGAAGCUAGAGGCUGGAGUUGAAGAUUUUCGGUCACGACAGUCGAAUAUGAAAACUACCGGCGAGACUGACAGUCUUGGCUAACGUCUUCGACACGUUUCUGAGAAGGAUAUCUUUCAAGCGCAGUGAUCAUACUGGCUUUCCGACAUA